UCUUCAGCAUUCCACUCUCACUCAUACUCUCUCUCUCUCUCCAUCACUCAUAAACAGACAGGAAUCUUAUAACUAUCGUGCUCACGGCGAUUUUUGGUAUUUUUUUAGCGUCACAUUCCCCGAUACAUCUGCAUUUCACGAUUGCUGGAUCUUGGAUCGGUUUGCAGUUAGUUUGAGCUGAAAUUUUUGCUACUUCUGCUGCUUCAAGUCCAAAUAGUUGAUGCCGUUUACAUGCUGCCGGGGUUUGGAAUAUAACUACUUGAAUUGCAUAUUCUGGGGAAUAUUGAUCGGAUGAAGUUCAUUCCUCUGGAAAAUCGAGUGGCGUCUUUCUUGUGGCAUCUCGUAGUUACCAAUUUAAUAUAUGUUGAAGAAAACCAUUCCAGGAUUUGGUAUUUCAGAUGGUUUAUUGUAAUUGUAUGAUGCUUGACUGGUGCCACCAUGGGCUUCUAUAUGGUAAAAUGUCAAUGGCUACUUAUUCUUCACAUUGUUCCGCUUUGCUUGAUAAUGAGCAGAAGCAGUGGUAUCAGUUCUGAUGGUGAGGCACUUUUGAGCUUCAGAGCAGCAAUUCUUGAUUCUGAUGGUGUUCUUCUUCAAUGGAAGCCAGAGGCACGCCAUCCUUGUAAAUGGAAAGGAGUAACGUGUGAUCCAAAAACUAAGAGAGUGAUAUAUCUGAGUCUUCCUUAUCACAAACUUAGUGGAUCGUUAUCCCCUGAACUUGGAAAGCUUGAUCAGCUAAAAGUUUUAGCUCUUCAUGACAAUAACUUUUAUGGGACAAUUCCAUCAGAGUUAGGGAAUUGCUCACAGUUGCAGGGAAUGUUCCUGCAGGGUAAUUAUUUUAGUGGGUUCAUUCCCAAUGAAUUGGGGAAUCUUUCAGCACUUCUAAAUUUAGAUAUUUCAAGUAACUCACUCGGUGGAAAUAUUCCCAUCUCGCUUGGGAAGCUGAGCAAGCUUAUUACUCUAAAUGUUUCUGCCAAUUUUCUGGUUGGAUCAAUACCAAAUGUUGGCGUGCUAAUCAACUUCUCCGAAAGUUCAUUUCUUGGAAACCGUGGUUUGUGCGGGAAGCAAAUCAAUGUUAUGUGCAAACAUGACAAGGAGGGACCAGGAAGAAAUGAGUCACCAUUCUCAGUGCAAAGUCAAAUUGAGAGGAAGAAUUUCUCUGGCCGACUACUUAUAAGUGCUUCGGCAACUGUGGGUGCUUUGCUGUUGGUUGCCCUAAUGUGUUUCUGGGGUUGCUUUAUGUAUAAAAAGUUCGGCAAAAAUGACAAUAAAGGGCAAGUGCUCGAUGUUUGUGGAGGUGCAUCGGGUGUAAUGUUUCACGGAGACUUGCCAUACUCAUCUAAAGAUAUUAUUAAGAAAUUUGAGACAUUGAAUGAAGAACACAUAAUAGGAUGUGGGGGCUUUGGAACGGUGUACAAGCUUGCAAUGGAUGAUGGCAAUGUUUUUGCCUUGAAGAGAAUUGUAAAAUUGAAUGAGGGCUUUGAUCGAUUUUUUGAGAGGGAGCUUGAAAUCCUUGGAAGCAUAAAACACAGGUUCCUUGUGAAUUUGCGUGGAUAUUGCAAGUCUCCUACAUCAAAGCUGUUAAUUUAUGAUUUCCUUUCUGGAGGCAGCCUUGAUGAGGCACUACACGGGGUCCGUACUGAAGCAUCGGAUCAACUAUACUGGGACGCACGCUUAAAUAUCAUCAUGGGAGCUGCAAAGGGACUUGCCUAUUUGCAUCAUGAUUGCUCUCCGCGGAUCAUUCACCGAGACAUAAAAUCAAGCAACAUUUUACUUGAUGCUAAUUUGGAGGCUCGAGUUUCUGAUUUUGGACUUGCGAAGCUUUUAGAGGAUGAAGAAUCUCAUAUCACGACUAUUGUUGCAGGAACAUUUGGUUAUCUGGCUCCUGAGUAUAUGCAAAGUGGUAGAGCUACUGAAAAGACUGAUGUGUACAGUUUUGGAGUAUUGGUACUUGAAGUGAUGAGUGGCAAACGUCCCACAGAUGCAUCAUUCAUUGAGAAGGGGCUAAACAUUGUUGGUUGGCUAAACUUUCUAGUCUCGGAGAAUCGACAACGAGAAAUAGUCGAUCCACAUUGGGAGGGCAUGCAAACAGAGAGCCUUGAUGCAUUGCUUUCAGUUGCCAUCCAAUGUGUUUCGUCGAGUCCAGAGGAUCGACCAACCAUGCACAGGGUGGUCCAGAUACUAGAAUCUGAGGUUAUGACUCCAUGUCCAAGUGAUUUCUAUGAUACAGAUUAAGCCCUCUAUGCUGAGAGGACAGAGAAGACAUCCAUGCCAAUGAAGGCAUAGAACCUUAAAAAAGAAACUGUUGAAUCAGCAGCAAGGAUUAACAUCUUCUUCAAGGUUCAUGCUCUCUAUCUCAUCGAUUCUUCUUUACUUCUUUCUGAAAAUUCAUCAGCAUUGUGCAGCUUUUGUGAUUGAGUUCUAAUGUGGAGUAGUAGAACAGCAGCCAGUAUCGUUUCACAGAGGAUUCAAAAGUUCCAUUGGCUGUUUCUCUAACUAACCGGCCCUCAAUUUGCGUGGGUUCAUUGGAAUUAAUUCCCCAUGCAAAUGAAGUUCCACGUCAGUGAAUUACUUGUGAGUUUGUUUGUUCAAUCUCUCCCAGCUUUUCCCUCUUAAAUCAUUCGUUCCCUCUGUAAUUUUCUGUAACUUUGGACUCUAAAUUAAAAAUGUAUAUGAAUAAUUGUAUCAUAUUCAAUGAAUGGUCUUUGAGAAUA